AUGGCCGCUCGCAUCGGCGCUGCUGUCCUCUGCGUGGUGUUGAUCGUUAGCCUGGGGCUCAUAGCCACGCCGACCGAAGCUCGCGCCGUGGCGGGCGUCGUCUAUGCUGCCGCGGUCGCCAAUGCGGCCGGCGCCGCGGCCGCUACCAGCGGAGCAGGCGUUCCUCCGGGGAGGUGGAACGCGAGGAGGCUGCAGGGAGACGCCGCUCACAAGCGGGAGGUGCCAGGCGGCCCGGACCCGGAGCACCAUCACUAG